GUUCUCUUCACGCGAAAAUUAAAGCCGCAAACGCUUUACACCGAGCAGCGUAUAAAAUUUAAAGACGAGCAAAGAAAACGGCAGAUGUUUUCUUGGUUCCAUCCAGUGCAAGAUUCACCAUGCCCUCGAGAUAUUGGACAGCAUUCUUCACGAUCUUGGUUGUCUUCCUCUGCAGUUCCAGCGAUGCCUGCAAAGCCGGCCAAUCCAAGUGUCGGGUCUUCGAUGUGACUCGCUUUGGAGCCGUUCGUGGAUCCCAAGACAACAGUCAGGCUUUCUUAGCGGCUUGGAGCGCUGCAUGCCGUUUCAAGGGGAAGGCGACGUUUGUGGUUCCAAAGGGAACCUUUAAGUUAAGCCCUGUGCAGUUCAAAGGCCCAUGCUACGAUGGCGCAUCUCCAUCCGUCAAGAUCAGAGGAGUCUUGCAAGCCCUCCCUGGUUCUUCCGACGACAACUACUGGAUCAAGUUCAGUGACCUGAACAGGUUAUCAGUGGGUGGUGGUGGCGAGAUCGACGGUCAGGGCGCUGACUCCUGGUCAGGCAACAAAUGCAAUAAGGAAUGCAAGCUAUCCAGCACUACGCUGAAGUUUGACAGAGUACGCGACUCGAGGGUCGCCCGUCUCAGUUUGCUAAACAGCAAGGCGUUCCACAUCAAGUUUCACAGGUGCGAUAACAUCGACGUUUACGGUCUCAAGAUCUCCGCCCCCUGGAACAGCCGCAACACCGAUGGCAUUCAUAUCGCCGUCACCAACGGCAUAACCAUCAGAAGCUCCAUCAUCGGCACCGGCGACGACUGCAUCUCCGUCGGUCAAGGUUCAAGGAACGUCACGAUAUCCAACAUCAUCUGCGGCCCGGGCCACGGGAUCAGUGUGGGAAGCUUAGGCAGGUACGAGAACGAGAUGGAUGUGGUUGGUUUGGUGGUGAAGAACUGCACGAUAAUGCACACCGCCAAUGGCUUAAGGAUCAAGACAUGGCCAGGUUCGUCAAAAAGUCGGGCGAGUGGCCUAUUGUUCGAGGACAUAAACAUGAUUGAUGUCUCUAAUCCCAUCUUCAUCGAUCAGAAGUACUGCCCAGGAAACGAUUGUUCAAGUGAGCCUUCAAAGGUGCAGAUUAACGAUGUCAAGUUUCGGAGGAUAAAGGGAACGUCUCGGACCAAGUUAGCAGUGAACCUGCUGUGCAGCAGUGAUGCCCCCUGCAGCAACGUUGAACUCGACGACAUCAGGUUGGAGUGCUCGGCUGGUGGGGAAUGCAGGACAACCUCGUCAUGCACCAACGUGAAGGCCAACUUCUCGGGCGUGCAGAUUCCAAGUCCCUGUCUCUAGGAGCAGCACUAAUGUUUGCCGUUCCCAUAUUCCUAGCAAAGGAGCCCUAUCCUUGAGUUUUAGCAUAGGUAGUCUUCUUAGUCUUGAAACCAGGAUAGUAGGUUCUCAUAG